AUGGCAUCGAUGAAACAUGAUACGCAUGAUAGAGGCGGAAUGGAUGAAUCUUCAGAAAUUGAUGAUAAUCAAAUAAUGACAAUGAGUGUAAAAGAAUUGAAUACCCUAUUGAAGUCAAUGAAACCUAGUGAUGCUGCUAAUAUCAAACGCCGACGACGUAUUCUAAAGAAUAAAGGAUAUGCAGCGAGUAGUCGCCAUCGACAAACAUCUCUUGUCGGCAAUCUAUCUGUUGAACGAAGUCAAUUAUUAAAACAAAUUUCUCAACUACAGAAUGAGAAUGAAACACUAUCACAAGAAUUACGCGGUUGGAAACAACGCUAUGCUGAUCUACAAUUAUUAACGGCACCAUCAACUAGCACUGUAUCACAAAAUCACACGACGAAGUCUAUGGAUAGUAAAAAAUCAUCCAAAUAA